CUCAUCAAUCUUUUGCGAAGCUAUCCGAAUCCGCGGUUCUUGUUUGUCAACAAACUAUUUUCACCAAUCUUCUAAUUUAUUUUUAAAUAGCAAACCAACGGUGAUUCUAAAUGACAUCCAAGUCCAGCAACAGCUUAGACACUCGGGCCGAAUUAGCCGAGCUUGUGAAGAGGAAAGCUGAAAUUUCGGAAACGUUGGCCAAUCUGGAAAGACAAAUUUACGCAUUCGAAGGAUCGUACCUUGAAGAUACUCAGCUUUAUGGUAACAUAAUCCGAGGAUGGGACCGCUACUUGACAACAAAUAAAACUACCAAUUCAAAGGCCGACAAGCGGAACCGGAAGUUCAAGGAAGCCGAGCGUUUGUUUUCUAAAUCAUCUAUUACAUCGAUGGCGGCGGUCAGCGGAUUGGUUGAUCCGAACGAAUCCAAACAUGACCGGAACAGUGAAUCCGAAUCUCUGACAAAUGACGACUCGAGUGACAACCAAAUGGGUGCGAUCAACUCCAACUCAUCCCUUGGUUCGUCCUCGCAUGAACUUACCCUAAAAGGGGCCUCGGCUGCUGUUGCAUCGGUCAACAAAUCACUAACGGCGUCGAAGAGUGCCAUCCUCGAAAAAUCGUCGUUCCUCAAUCGGCCAUCGACACCGACCAAAGAGCUAAAUAAUUCAGCCAAGGAAACAUCCACGCCAAGCAGUACGGCCAAACACAAGGCCAGCGUUGGAUCGGUCAAGAAGAACAGUUCCAACAAAAAAGUGAGACAUCGUUAAGACAUAGAUUUUAUGGCGUACAAAUGCGUAAACAUAAUUUUUAAAACAAUUUAGAAUUACAUAUGGUUUCGUUUUAUGUAGCACGUUAAGUAUGGAAAUAAAUAGGAGUAAUUACUUCCCAAAUUCA